AUGAAGGUCACCGCGCUGAGCCUGUGGAAGUGGAACGGCGACAAGGCGGAGCCGACGUGCCUCGGCAAGGCGGAGGACGUCGCGGAGUUUGGGUACUUCCAGCGCGGCAGCGUGCGAGAGAUGCUGACGUUCAUCUCGCGGACGAUCGUGAAGCGGACGCAGCCCGGGCAGCGACAGAGCGUGGAGCAGGACCAGUACCUCGUGCACGUGACCAACCGCGGCGGCUUGGUCGCCAUCGCGGUGAUGGACCGCGAGUACCCGAGCCGGAGCGCGUUCUGCGUGCUGUCGAAGAUGAGCGACGACUACGUCGCGAGGGUGGGCGACGCGUGGAAGACGGUCGCGAGCGACGACGCGCGAGGCGACGCGAUCCUAGCGGAGGCGAUCGCGAAGUAUCAGGACCCGAUGGAGGCGGAUAAGAUCCUGAAGAUUCAGAGGGAGCUGGACGAGACCAAGGUGGUGCUGCACAAGACGAUCGACUCCGUGCUCGCGCGCGGGGAGAAGCUCGAUAACUUGGUCGACAAGUCCACGGAUCUAUCGCUCGCGUCGCAGAUGUUUUACAAGCAGGCGAAGAAGCAGAACCAGUGCUGCACGAUGAUGUGAG